GGAUGUGGGCUUUCCUGGCCCAGGUGCUCAUCGCCCUGGUGCUGCUGACCUUCUUCCUGGUCAGCUGCCAGAACGUCAUGCACAUCGUCAGGGGUUCUGUCCGCUUCCUGCUCAAACACGCCCACCGCGAGCUGGACAAGGAGCUCGGGGAGAGCCAGGGGCUGGCGGACGACGAGGAGACUCUCUCUACCAGGGUCGUCCGCCGGCGCGUCCUCGUGAAGGGGAACGAAGUCCUUCAUCUCCCUGGAGAGCGGGUGACUGAGGAGCAGUUCACAGAUGAUCACGGCAAUAUCAUCACCAAGAAGGUCAUUCGGAAGGUGGUGCGUCAGCUGGGGCCCAGUGACAUGGAGGACAGGCAGGAGCAGGAGGAGCUGAUCCUGGAGGGUUCCCUGCAGGAGCCCCAAGACCUGGAGGCUGAGGACGAUCGCUUCAUGAAAUACUCCAUCCUGCACCGCGACGGUCUGGGGGCCAAGGAUUUCACCUCAACACCAAACCACUGAACUCCACACACGUUCUGACACAUACCUGAGAAGAGAGGAGAGGAAAGCAGAGAGUGGAGGGGAGCAGGGC